CACCGACACCCACGCGUACAUCACGCACUCUCACACACGACUCCCGCCCACCCGCAGCACACACACCACCUUUUUCUCUCAUACGCAAACACACACGCACAUAUACACGUACACUAUGUCUCCUCACGUAUAUGCUGCUCUUAUCAUUCUCCCGCUCCUCGCACAACUCGUUAUAGGUGAUUGCCCUGCCCCACCAUGGCCGGCCUCGAUCUUGGGCGCCACUUCGCCAAUGGUUCCCAACGUGGAGCAACAUGGCAACAAAGUGGCGAGCAUGGAUGUGAAUGGUGAUGGCUUUGAAGAUCUACUAUAUCCCACAGCCUCACGAAGCACUUAUGCAAACAUUCUUACGUUGCUCCUCUCCGAUGGCUCAGGUGGCUACACUGCCAGCAAUCUCUACUCUCCCUCACCGCCGGCUCCCAUCACCAGCUUCAACGGUGUCGCCUUUGCUCACGUCGAUUACGAUGGCGUGAUCGACAUUGUUGUCCACUCGUACGCGGACUUUGCUUUCAUGUGGUACAAGGGCGUUGGCGAUGGCUCCUUUACGGACCAGGGCGGCUCACCGACGCCAAACACCGGCACUCUCCUCUACUCAACCUCUCCAAGCCGGAAUCACUUUAACAACUUUGUCUUUGCCGACAUCGACGCCGACGGCCAAGAUGACUUGGUCUACCACGACUUUGAAAUGGAUAAGGCCGUUGUUCUACUCAAGGACCCAGCGCCCGGUCCGCUCGGAUGGACCGCCCAUGUGGUCUGCACGGGCAAGGAGGCCUACUUUGUCAAGGCUGCCGAUAUCAACGGAGACACAUAUCCCGACGUCACCUGCACCUUUCACGGCAGCGUUGACAUUGUUGUUCGAUACUCCAACGCCGCCCCGCUCACCACUGCAAGUACCGUCGCCGUGCUCAACCACACCGAGCCCGUCCGCACCCAUUUUCUCCACGAUGUCGAUGCUGAUGGGGACAUCGACCUCAUUGUCGCGGGUCAGAGAACGGAGACCAUCCUUUUUUACAUCAACGCCGACGGGAGCGCCCUUCCCCUCACCGCCUCUUUUGCUGUCUACUCUAGCAGUCGUAUCACUGACCAGAUUAUCCUCUUGGAUGUAGACAACAAUGGCUUGGACGACUUUGUUCUAGGGAGCUACUCCAACUUGCCUUCGAUCGUACCCAAGCUGUCCACUCUCGCCGACCCAUCGUCGUACGGUGCUCCUUCCAAAGGGCCUUCAUCUGGCGGUCGAGGCGUGGCGCCGCUUGCGCGUGGACCCUACGGCUAUCCGGCCAUUGCUACCAUAGGCGAUCGGGUUCCCAACGCCAAUCUGUAUCCAAUCCUUCCCGUCCCACGCGACUGGUCGCUCUCUUCACUUGUUGCCGCCAACCACCUCGAUGUUGUCACCGGUGACGUCAACGCAGACGCCCACCUCGACCUCAUUGCAACUUCAGCUUCCUCAGUUUCUGUGUACCUCAACUCUGGCAUCGGCACGUUUUCGCCUUCAUCGUCGCUCACCGUCGAGCUCUCUUUUGCCCCCGCCGCUGUUCGGCUGGCUGAUCUCGACGGUGACGCUGCUCUUGACCUCAUUCUCCAAGAUGGAGCAAGUGCGCUUGUCUGGUGCCGUAACACCGGUGGGAGCGCCCUCGCCUCGUUUGUGGAGCCGCUCACCUUGCUCGCGCCGCCGCCGUCGGUGGGUCCUGCUCUUGUGACAGUCAUCCCGACCUCGCUCAACGCUGACGAUGACGUCGAUCUUCUCAUCGUCGGCUCGACCGGCAUCGCCAUCGUCCUCAACAACGGCGCCGGCUCCUCGGCCUCGUUUGCGCCACCGCUUGACCUUGCCACGGGCCUCGCCACCGUCACCGCCGCCGCCAUCGCCGACCUCACCUCCGACGCCAGGCAAGACAUCGUGUACGCCGUCGCUGCGGGUACCAUCUCCAUGAUUGCAGCGGACACCGCGCCGGGUACCUUUGUGGCUCCUGUGGUCCUCACCACCGCAUCAUCCACCCCGGUCGGGCACCUUCAUCUCGCUGACGUCGACGGUUCCACCGCCCUUGAUCUGGUCUGGUCGUCGCCGUCGGCGCCUGGCUUUGCCUUUGCAGUCAACAACGGUGUUGGUGGCUUUGGUGGCGGCCCGGUCGUCGUUGCUGGCCUCGACUCUGCCAACACGGAAGCACUGGCCGUCGUCCGCGACAUGGAGUUUAACGGCCGCGCCCACGUCGCCUACGGCGCCGUAUCCUCCGGCUCGGUCGCAUGGGCCAUGUCGACGCGGACCGCAACUCGCUUUCCGCUCCAUGCCCAUCUCAACCUCACCACCGAAUCGUCCCGCUUCCAGCUUGUGGGCCUCUCGGCCUUGGCCGCCGACGACAUCGACGGCAAUGGCGCCGUCGACCUCGUUGUUGCCACACCGUCGGGCGUCCACUUGCUGCAUGCGGGCUCGCUGGUGGUCGGCAACACUCAGCGCGCCACAAGCGCUGUCCGCUACGAUCAUCCCGAGUGCGGUGGCGUCAGUUCGUCUAUGGCCUGCGUUGGCGCCGCCCUGGCUAGAAUCCGGUCGUGCACUCCUCGCAUCAACCUGCCGCCUCGCAUUGUCCGCUGCUCGCGGACGGGCCCAGCACUUGCGCUUCACCACAACACUGUUCUGGGCGGAGAGGGCGGGAGACAAGUUGUGGUCGACUGCUCUUUGCUCGGCGGAACCUUUCUCCGCAUCCCGGCCGGGAGCAGCAUAACGCUCGACCACAUCUCGGUCGUCGGCGCCUCAUCGUCGACGUCGCCUCUCGGCUCCGCGCCGCUCCUGGUUGACUCUGCGUCGCUCACCCUCACUCACUGCACCUUUUCCCGCUGUUCAUCGGCAGCAGCGACGGUUUUUCAGGUCAAUGCCGGCAUCGGCGGCGCAGUGAGCGUCGUUGGCGGUAAUGCCCAGCUCACCGUCACCAACACCACCUUUACCGCCAACACCGCAGGCACCGCAGGUGGCGCUAUCGGCGUCACCGGCUCGGAUCACACCAUUACCCUGGUAGACUCACGGUUCGAGAGCAACACUGCGCUCGCCGCAUCCCUCAGUGUCGGCGGCGGCGGUGCAAUUGGUCUCGUCGGCGCCUCCACGCCCACCCUCUUCUGGACUGGCGGCUCGGUGAGCUCGUGUGUUGCCUCCAGCGGUCAUGGUGGCGCGCUCUUUGUCUCGGCCUCGUCGCUGACCGCCGCCAUCACGCACGUUGCCUUUGUCGGCAACUCGGCCCCGCUCGGUGCAGGUGGAACCGUCGCCCUCGAGGGCGGUAACACCGUUGUCCUCGACGUGGCAGGCAAUCGCACCGUUGUCGAUGCGAGCUUUGCCGGCUUUGGCGGCGCUCUUGCCGUCGCAGCUUCGGGCUACCUGCCAACCUCGGUGGUUUCGACAGCGCUCCGGCGCGCGCCUGGUGGUCUGAUUGGCCCGAUAGUAACGGUGCGCGCUGGCGCCUCGCUCGGUUCGUCGUCGGCCGUCUACGGAGGAGCCACAUUUGCCUGCGCCGGUCUCAUCGACCUCUCUGCUGCCAACUACACUGGCGCCUCAUUGGCGACCGUGGCCGGCGGAGAGGUUUUCGUGUGCAACGGCCACUCGCCGUCGUGGUUGGCGCUUCCAGCACUGCACAGCCAUACGUCGUCGGUCGGUGCCGCAGGCUAUGGCUCAGGGUGGGCCUCGCCACCGGCUGUACUUUCGGUGACAGCUACGCCGCCGCAGGUCAUUUCGGGCAUUGUUCUCGGUGCUGGCCAUGUGACGGCCGUCGACGAGAUGGGGACCACAGUGGUCGACUCGCGCAUCGCGCUUGUGCCACAAUCGUCCAACCCAGACAUUGUCAUCGAGGGCCUGGUCUUUGGCAUUCCGUUCGACACCUACUCGGGCACCUUUCCGCUCAACGAGCUCUCAGCUCGCGGCCGCGGUGCAGCGCUCGACACCCCCGUCGGCAUCGACAUCGGCGCUCGCGACAGUGUAGACGCCGUGGUCACCACCUCGUUUACCGUCACAUUCACCGCGUGUCCAGCAGGCUUUGGGAGGAGCUCGUCAGAGGAUGCGCCUCUGCUCUGUGCACCAUGCGCAACGGGCCUCUACUCCAACAGCACCUCGUCCCAGCCGUGCAUGCCCGAGCCCAACUGCGGCGAUGGCCUUUUCCACAACGGCGCGUGCGUCUACUGCCCGGCCAACACGCUGCGGUUCCUCACCAACACAUCAGCCAUCGGCGAGUGCAUGUGCCGCGCCGGGUACUACGCCCCGGCGCGGGUCUCCAACACCCCGUGUCUAGCAUGCCCGGCUGGCGCCGUCUGUGACGGCCAGCUGGCCUCCCCGCUCGCGCUUCCGGGCUGGGGGCGUAUGAGCGAGUAUGGGUUUGCAGAGUGCCCCAUCGACGGUGCUUGUCUCGGCGAACGAGUGACUCCGAGCUGCGCACCCGAGUACGCCUCCGACUCGCUUCUUUGUAAGUCUUGCGCGGUCGACCACUACCGGCUCACCGACUCGCAGUGUGACAAGUGCCCCAACUCGGCUGUCUCGCUCUUUUCUCUCUUUGUUGCUCUCAUCGUCGUUGUUGCUGCUGCCUCGUUCCUCGUCGUUGUCGUCACCGCCAAGCACUACGCGCAGGCCGACUCGCUCAGCACCGAAGCGAAUGGUGUCGGUCGCGAGCAAAGGCGCAUCUCGCAGGCGGUCCGGACCAGGCUCGUCCCGCACUCGCUCUCGGUCGCGACCGUGUACCUGCAGAUCCUGGGCAUCCUCGCCACGCUCCCGUUCAACUGGCCGGAGCCGCCAGUCAUCCAGCUGCUGCAGACCGCCAACGUCGCCAACAUCGACCUCUCACUAUUUGCCACCGACUGCACCGUGCGGGCUUUCCCGAUGCGCUACGCACUCUCCAUUAUUGUCCCACUUGUCUUUUUCGCCCUCACUGGCAUCUUUAUUGCCGUUGUCAAGCUCGCGCCGGCCACCCUGCCCUGCAUCGCCCAGCUCGGCCAUGUUUCUGGUUGGGCUGUUGCCGGCCGGCUGCUCUUCACCUUUGGGCCGCUCCUUUACAUCCCUCUCUGCCGGGCGACGCUGAUCUUCUUUGACUGCACCAAGCUGCCCGAUGGCAAGUACUACCUCGACGCCAACCUCGACGAGGCGUGCUACGACGCAACGUGGUUCAUCCUGCUCCCGCUCGCCGCUGGUGCCGUCAUUGUGUACGUCGUCGCCAUGCCGGCCUUUUUCACCUACGUGCUGUGGUACAACCGUGCAACCCUAGCGUCGCCGCGAACGCUCAUGCGCUACGGACCCAUUUACAUGUCGUAUCGCACUUCAUACUUUUGGUACGAAGUUGCGCUACUUAUCAAGCGCCUUGCUAUCGUCGCCACCGCGCUGUUCUUCUCCAAGCUCGAGGUGUGGCUCUUCAGUCUCCUCUGCGCCAUCUUCCUCAUCUCUGGCGCCUUUCAGCUCCGGCACGAGCCGUUCUUCUUUCCGCUACACAAUCAGCUCGAGACGCGACUCGACGCUGCCGUCAUCAUCCUCCUUGGCUGCGGCAUGCUUUUCUGGGCCGACAAGUUCCCCAACAGUGGGACGUAUGCUGUGGCGGCUGCCAUCGCCGCCACCGUCAUUGUCGUCUCGGUGCUCAUUCUGAUCUUUGCGAUCCUGCGCGAGCUCCAGUUUGCCGUGUGGAAGCGCCGCCGGGCGCGCCGGGCAACGGCCCCGUCCGAGCUCGCGCCCAGUGCUCCUCUCUCACACGACGAGCUCUCCACCCGGGACGCCAUCUUUGUUUCGAUCGUCGACCGCCACAUCGACGACCUCGAGCAUCCUGCCCUCUACACGCCGCUCAUCGCCAUGCGCACCUCGCUCGAUGGUAGCAGCGCCAAGCUCGGCGACUCUUUGAACUCACAAGAUGCUGUCGAGAUGACCAUUGCUGAGGCCAUCGGUCGCAGCUCGGACGAGAGCGAGGCUGCCUCGGAGCCGAGUGACUCGUUGGUCUCGACUGUGAAGCAGGCGGUGAGCACAAGCUCCAGUGACGAGUCGAGCCCGCUCUCGUCGGCGGCGCUCUCGUCGCGUUCAACGCGAUCGCGUUCCAUCGUCACCUCGUACGGCCGUCGGCCGGCCUCCAAAGCGCGGCAGCCGCUGGCAUCCCCCGCAUCCCGCACUGGCACGGCAUCAUCGCGAGCGAGUCGCGCCCGGUCAAGUGCCAGCCGCGCGCCGCAAACAUAA